AAACUAAGUGAAGCGUAGCCGUCAUUAAUAUUAUUGAUUACAUCUGUGGUUUUCCUGCCAUGAUAAGUCAAAAUGUCUGCCACUACAUCCCUGGUUUAACUGCAGCCAGGAGCUUUUUCUGUCAUAUCUCUAUCUGUAACAAGUACAUAUAAAUGGUCAGAAAUACUGAAACACAGAGGAAAAGGGCAUAUUCUGUGUAGACACACGAAGCAGAAGAACACAGCACGCGGACCGAAGGGCUCUGCUGUUCUCGUGCCAGGCUCGUAUAAUUUCCCGCGUUACAAACAUAAGAACUGGAUAUAUCACUUACAGGCUUUCUCCCUGAGUGUUGCUGUCACCUGGUCCCACCUGCAGCUGUGCUCGAACUCAUCAGGCUCCAGUUAAACAUGUCGUCAUCGUAUGCAGCUGCUAUAUCAGCCCUUCUUACGGCCAGCUCUUCUAAUUCACCCGUGAAACCCAGCCCUCACUCCUCCCCAGGCACAACAGGGAGUCCUAAACCCUCCCCCCAGCCCAACGAACCACCUCACACUCCUCCCGCCGUGCAGAUACAUCCUCAUUCACCUGAGCAUCUGGGGUCUUAUGAGGAGCAACAAGAGAACCCUGCAGACUAUGGCAUAGGUGGUUAUUACCUUGUUGAAAUUGGAGAGAUUUUUGUUGACCGUUACCAGGUGGUCAAAAAGCUGGGAUGGGGUCACUUCUCUACUGUGUGGCUCUGCUGGGAUAUGGUGAAAAGGCGUUUUGUGGCUCUGAAGGUGGUGAAGAGUGCUCAAACAUUCACAGAGACGGCACUGGAUGAGAUCAAACUUCUGAAAUGUGUAAGGGACAGUGACCCCAAAGAUGCUAAACGAGAGAGAAUUGUGCACCUCAUUGACGACUUCAGGGUCUCGGGAGCAAAUGGAGAACAUGUGUGCAUGGUUCUGGAGGUGCUUGGCCACCAGCUGCUUAGGUGGAUCAUCAAAUCCAACUACACUGGCCUCCCCCUGCCCUGCGUUAAGAGCAUCCUCAGACAGGUUCUGCAGGGUUUAGAUUACUUGCACACUAAAUGCAAGAUUAUCCACACAGACAUCAAGCCAGAAAACAUCCUCCUAAGAGUGGACGAGGUUUAUAUACAGAAACUCGCGGCCAACACCAAGCUGUGGCAGCUGCCAGUGUCCUCUGCUAUCACCAGCUCCUCAGUAAACAGAGGCUCCAGAGAAAAACCGAGUUUGUCCAACUUUUUGGGGAAGCUGACUGGAGUUUUCCACACUCUCGGGGAGUGGUCCAGCAAGGUCUCCAGGAGCCCAAUUAACCGAUUGACGAGGAAAGACAGGAGUCGACGAGGGCAGGAGAAUAUAUCUGAUGACAAACAAAGGGACAAACCUCAUGUGUCGUUUUCUGAUGUCACUCCUCCCUCUAGCACCCAUAGCUCCACCUGUCACUCUAAGCUCACAGGUCCUAACCUCACAUUAAGGAGGCAGACCCUGCUGUUGGAGGAUGGAGUGGACUUGGCUCCACACAGCCACAGAGAUUCCAUCUGCUCGUGGCCAGACCUCAAUACAGAUGCUCCUGGCUCUGGCUCCAGAUCAGUUAUAUUACAUCAGACUGCGGACAAAGAGCCACCUCCACCCUCACCAUCCUCACCUUGUGGUACCAAUGACUCUGAUCUACCUCUAGACUUGCUGAAGCCACAGAAUGCUGAUAAAAUCCUCAUUAAGAUUGCUGACCUGGGCAAUGCCUGCUGGGUGCACAAACACUUCACUGAAGACAUCCAAACAUGUCAGUACCGCUCCAUAGAGGUCCUGAUCGGUGCAGACUACGACACACCAGCUGACAUCUGGAGCACCGCCUGCAUGGCUUUUGAGCUGGCCACAGGGGACUAUCUCUUCGACCCCCAAUCAGGAGCCAAAUUCUCCCGAGAGGAAGAUCACAUUGCCCACAUCAUUGAGCUACUGGGACCCCUCCCAUCCCAGUUUGCCCUUUCAGGGAGAAAUUCCAAACGAUUCUUCAACCGUAAAGGACAACUGCGACACAUCUCAAAGCUCAAGCCAUGGAGCUUGUGCGAAAUCCUACAAGAUAAGUACGAGUGGCCGCGGGAGGAAGCUGUCCAGUUCAGCUCUUUCCUCUCAACCAUGUUGGAGCUGCUGCCAGAGAAACGAGCCACAGCUGCCCAGUGUCUGAAACACCCCUGGAUUGCCUCCUAGACACAUUGGCCCUGUAUCGUUCAGAGCCCAGUGGACUAGCUCUCUGUUCAGGAGCAGACUCAAACUUACCGGAUGUGACAUGGGACUUGAGUCAGCUGUGGGAGUAGUCUGGUGCUGGCAUCAUGAGCACAGCUUUCAUAAAUAUUUAACAGCUUGACUAAGAGCCUUUUCCCAGUGGGCUAGUUUGGUCUUUUAGUAUUUAAAUGGCCAUCACAUCUAAAAAAGGCAUAGCAAUGACCAAAGAGAAGUUUUGUCUUACUGGAAAAGUGCCUUCUAACAUGAUGACAAAGGUCUUGAGUUUUAAUGAACUGAAAUAAGAUUGGUUUUAUUCUCCAGUGGUUAUUUAUUUUAAGAGGUACAGUGGCUUCAGAAACUAUUCAGACAUGGUCACUUUUUACUUUAUUGUGUUGUAGAUGUAAUUGUAAGUUGAUAAAAUGGCAGUUUUGCCUAUCAAUCUACAGUCAAUAAUCCAUAAUGACAAAGUGAAAAUGUGUUUAUUUAAAUAAUAUAAUACAUUUAUUUAAAAUUCUCUCAUUUACAAAAAAAUGUAACCCCCCACCCCCACCCCCCUCAAAAAGCAGUUUACCCCAUUCAUCCUGGCAGAUCGUCUCAAGGUCCAUCUGAUUGGAUGGGAAACAUCUGUGAACUGCCAUCUUUAAGUCUCUGCACAGAUGUUCUAUGGGGGUUAAAUCUGAGCUUUGGCUGGGCCAGUCGAGGACUGUCUGAGACUUGCCCCCAAAGCCACUCCGGCGAUGUUUUGGCUGUAUGCUUCCGGUCAUUGUUGUGCUGAAAGGUGAACUGUCACCCCCAGACUGUGGUCUUGUGCACUCUGGAGCAGGUUUUCUUCCAGGACUUAUGUAUUUGGCUCUCUAUUAUUAAUCCUUCCCUCAAUUCUGACCAGUCUUCCAUCACUUUACUAUAAAGGCCUGAUCAAUAGAGUGCUCCUGAGAUGGUUUUCCUACGUCUGCAGAAGUAAUCUGAAUCUCUGUCAGAGUGAGCUUUGGGUUCUGGUUCUGAUCAAGGCCCUUCUUCUCAGUUUGCCUGGAUGGCAGAGUGCCUAGGAAGAGUCCUGGUGGUUCCAAACUUCUUCCUGCUCACAAUUAUUGAGGUCACUGUGCUCUUGGGAACACUCAAAGUUUUAGAAAUGGUUUCAUUCCCUUGCUCUGAUAUGCCUCACCACAACUUUAUUACAGAAGUCUACAGAGAGUUCCUUGGAUUUGGUCCUUCUGUCUCAAGAAAGAUCUUUACAGCAGCAUGAGAGAUUUCAGUUUUUUAGUUUAUUUUUAAUACAUUAAAAAAAUGUUUUCACUUUGUCCUUGUGGAUUAUUGAGAAUAGACUGAUGGGCAAAAUGGCAGUUUUAUGCAUUGAAAAUUACAUCUACAACAAAAUAAAGUGAGCUAAAAGUGAAGGGAUCUGGAUACUUUAUGAAGAUACUCUAAAUCAAGACCUCACCUUGAAGAACUAUUUCAAAUAUGCAGAAAAGCUUGCAGCAAACCAGUCGGAAGUAUGAGAUGGAUUUACUUAGACUGCACUCAGUCUCUGAAAUGUUAACUUGAAAGAUGACCUUGUUGACUCACCACAAAAAAAGCCAGUUGAGAUGUUGAUUUAUUAAAAAGAAACUGCACUCUGUGACAAAAACCUCUUUCUAGGUGAAAUGGAAUCAAAAUGGAAAUCAUUCACCAAAAUGGAGAUCAUUCACUAAAAAUAAGUCUGGAAAAAAUUAAUAGUGUCACUGAGAAUUCACUCUGAUAAACUAUUAAAUGCCAAACAGAAUUUA